CAACCCACAAGCAGCUUAUAUAUAAGCCGAAGCAAGAGGAAGCUCCCUCACAUGUUUAAUGAAAUUUAUCCGUUUAUUAAAAUCCUGCUAUUUCAGGUUUUUGCGACCAAUUUUUGAGGAAAAAGGAAACAUCGAUGGAGGGUGAUUUGUCUACGACAGACCAGCAAAGUAUGGUCUCUUCGUUUCUUGAAAUCGCAGUCGGUCAAACAGCCGAUACUGCCCGUCAGUUCCUUCAGGCCACAAGCUGGAAACUUGAGGAUGCUAUUCAGCUUUUUUAUUUAGGAAAUGAUGGUGGGACUGCCGUGCCAUCUUUCAAUCCCUCAGAGGUUGAAAAUGAUGUGCCAUUGCAUGAUUCGAUUGUAAGAGGACCAAAAGAGGAUAUUGGAGAUCAAAAUGUGAGACAAGUUGACGGAGAUGAUGUACGACCACCUCUACCUGUGAAAAGGGACGUUCUCUAUGAUAAUUCAAUGCCUCAUAGCUCGCCAAGAAUGGGAGGUUUGCCACGUGAAGCUCAGCGUCACCCAAUAGAUCCAUUCCGCAAUUUUGAGGAGGAAAUGAGGCGCCCUGGAGUGUGGGAAGGGGACCAAGGUUCUUCCUCUGUGAUAAGUAGAGUUCGAGAUAAUCUUGCUUCCUUAUAUCGUCAACCAUUUGCUUUAAUUAUCAAUGGGCCCUUUGAAAAGGCAAAAGAUGUUGCAAGAAUGCAGAACAAAUGGCUCGUGGUUAACAUACAGUCCACCACGGAAUUCAGCUCUCACAUGCUAAACCGAGACACAUGGGCAAAUGAAGCUGUUGAACAAACCAUCAAAACUAACUUCAUCUUCUGGCAGGUAAAUGACGAUGAAGAAGAAGGCAGCAAGGUUUGUACCUAUUACAAAUUAGACUCUAUCCCUGUCAUUCUGAUAAUUGACCCAAUAACGGGUCAGAAAAUGCGCUCUUGGCUUGGAAUGGUUCAGCCGGAAAAUCUUUUAGAGGACCUCUUACCAUUCAUGGAUAAUUGCCCCUCAGAUCAUCAUGUCAGUCUGUCUCAUAAACGUCCAAGAGGAAGUUCUCAAGCACCACCUUCCGGGUGUCAAGGUAUGCAAACAAAUGAAAGGAAUGAAGAAGAAGUUGCAUUUCAACGAGCAUUGGCAGCUUCUAUGGAGGGCAUUAAGGGAACUGAUGAAGGUAUCCCGAAAGAAGUGGACAAAACCAUUUCGGAGAAAAAGGAAACAUGCUUAGUGAAGAAGCCUGCUUAUCCACCGUUACCUGAAGAACCGAGGGGCGAUCGAAACCUGCUUUGCAGGGUUGGAGUCCGUUUUCCAGAUGGACACAGAGUUCAGAGGAACUUCCUACGCACUGAUCCAAUUCAGUUGCUGUGGUCUUUCUGCUACUCUGAGCUGAAGGAAGCUGAUAUGCGGCCAUUUCGUCUUGCACAAGCCAUUCCUGGGCGAACUAAAUCUUUGGAAUACGACAGUGGUUUGACGUUUGAGGAGUCUGAUCUUGCCAACUCGAUGAUUUCAGUUAAUUGGGAGUGAACAUGAUGAGUCUGAUGUUUUUCUGUAUCGAGGUCAUAAAAACUUGCACCAUCCAAGAAUUUUUGUUUCGACUGUUGAAGCUUUGCAUCCCAUAUUAUUAUUGCUUGCAUUUGAAGAAACAAGUGUGUAUGGAAUAAAAUAGCAUCUGCUUAUUAUCUAUCAUGUAUAUAUUCCAUACCAUAGCAUGGAAGAAGUAAUGGGAUAUUUAUAUUGUGGAAGUUUUAUGUAUUAGUAUAUGCCUUCAAUUUUUAUUUUUA